AUGAGAAAGAAUCAGCAUGGGGUUAAUCUAUGUGACAACUUCCCAGGGACCAGGGGCCGCCGUGGAGCCUCGGCUAGCCAACAACUGGUUACGGUGAACGAGGACGGAGUCCCUCUCUACCAACACUCGUUCGGGACCCUUGCUGUCCAAGCACAACAGAACAUAGGCCAAGUUACUCACAAUAUUCCACAAAGUCGAGAGCGGAGGCACAAUCGCGUCCUUUCUGCCUUUGCACAUCACAUGGCUGGUGACAGUUCAGCUAAGCCGAUGCUGUUAACUACUCACCACACAGAUGCCUAUCAUCUUCCUGACAGUGAUCAGGAUAUGCCAGUAGGCCCUCUGAGGCAUAUUGAGCAUCCGGGCAAAGCACACGACACCCUGAGUAAGCAAUAUACCACAGACAGUCAUCCACACAACGUGCCGUCUGAAGCAAGCAAUUCACGGUUGGAGCAAAGGAUCUGCUUCGAGGACGAGCUGAGAGACUCUAUUACCUCCUUGGCCUACGAUAAUAGAGUGCUCAACAAGCUGUUAGAUAAGCUCACUGAAAAUAAGAACGAGAUAAUGUCCGCAUACUCUCACAUAUCAUCCCUCGAGGAGCAGUGCACUCUCAAGGACAACCAUAUCAAGUCGCUGCGGCAGCACAUUGCCCAGAUCGAACAGGCUAAGCAGUAUGCUGAAAAGACUAUCCGUGAGUACGACCUCAAGUUAGGAGAUAAAUUUGAAAAGAGCAUCGGAGACAGUAGGCCAAGUACUAAAGAUGUCAAGCUUCAGACAAGACUUCAAAGCCAUGUUCUCUCGACGAUCUUGGACCGCGCCAAUGUCGAUAUUAGAUACAACAUAUCAGACUUUGUCCAAGAAGAAAACGAAGACUCGGACGAGACACGAAUACUGAUUGGCACCGAUCAGAAGGAUUUAUGUGAGGAAGAAUCCCAGCUAAACCACAUCGUUGACAUCGUAGUUAGCAGAUAUAAGACCAUUGAACAGGAAAUCCUCAAGGAAGAGGACUUUAUUCCACUAUGUCAGAUAUGCUCUCAUUCAAUCCUAAAGAAUCAGCUUUCAAAGCAAGCCAAGGAAGCUGAAGGUCUGUUGCAAGGUACCUCAGAGAACCAGGAUCCUAAUGGAAGCUCAACUUCCGACAACCUCUGUCACAAAGAGCGGACUAUGGACGAGCAGAUCGACGAUAACAUGCGGCUUGGCACCCUUCUCGACGAGGAUUUUCAUGCAGACAUAGAGAGCAUAAAGAUUGAAACAAUUAAUAAUUUGUCUGCAGAAUAUGCAUUGCAGAUGGCUGUGUUCCUGCCAAACACACACAAUCUUCUCAUCAACGGGCUUGAGAUGGUCUGCCAGCAUCGCUCCGGACUAUACGCGAUAAAUUUCACAAAUCCAUAUAUAAAGUCUACAUUUCAAGGCAAUUUCAAUAGCGUGCACGACGCACAGGUUCCCAAGGCCUUUUCGAAUAGAGCAGAAGAGCUUCGGACGGACUUGAUCAUAAAUAUGCAGAACGAACUAAUACUGCGGCAGAGGCAUCGCUUCAACACCCUUUUAAGUCAAAAGAUACCAAAAGUUUUGUUCAGCCACAACACAAAAGAUGCUAACAUUCUUCGUGUGGAAGCUACACGGGAGCAUUACCUCAAAUACUUUCGCAACUAUCGUGAAUAUAGAGAGAUUACGCCGGCAGACAUGCUCUAUGAGGCAACGAGGGGUCACGUAUCACGGUACUACGAGAACUGCACCGAUGUUCAACAGCCCAGCAAGGACCAGCAGCCCACGGCCACAGGCAAGCGCUACGGCAGCGCUGCGACCACUUCAUCCGGCACUUAUUCAGCGGUGUACAUGGGCCAUGGACACGGGCUCUCGCCUGGCCUAUCUGAAAACGAUGCCUCACACACUCAAGUGCAGUUGGAUUUGCCUAAUAGCAUCUAUGAAAUAAGUGAUACGCUAUCUACUACCAGCACACACAAGCAUGAAUCUGUCUUGAAUCCAGAGCCUGCCCCACUGUCCGUAAUUGUAAUCGAAGACCAGCCUACUAACGCAUGUAGUGUAAGCCUACCAUCUGCAACGCACAUCGGAGCCUCUAUUAGCUCUCCUUCGGAAAUUCAACGAACGACUCAGCAAACGUCAGAGAAAGUAAAGGUCAAUGAUAACGACUCUGUCGUCUUCAAUAUUACACCUGAAGCGCCUCAAGCAUUGAGCGUACGGCAUCCUCCUCGUAUUAUUCCUUCUACAGCUCCUAAGGCAACAAUAGAGAACCUUUCGGCACUGGAGGCCUUAGCGCUUACAAAUGCGACAGAAAGCUCGCUUUUGGAGCGAGCCAAUACUCGAGAACGGCCCUCUGCAAAGGCACUUCUUCCGGGUGUAAGCCAGAAAGGCUUAGUUGACGAAAGUAGUAGCCAAUUUCUUACCAUGCCCAUGCAGCACUUGCCAGACAUUUCCGAACUACGUUCAUCUGCUGAUCGUGAGCGGGAUUCUGAGGUCAGUAGCAAAAAAGCUUCGGUUCAGAGGUUGACCGCUCUUGAGAUCAGUGCAGCCCUGCCCGUUUCAGAGGCAUCGCCCCUUCAACAGUAUAGAAACAAGAUACAGGAUCUGGCGCAAGCAUUUCCAAGUCUUAGCGAUAUAAGCGCGAUAAGCGAGAUGACGAAGCACAGUGACGAAUAA